UCAACAUCUCUGCUGCUGCUCCAGCUCUCGCCUUUAUACAAUUCUGUUAUCCGUUUGGUCCGAAUUGUUUCGUGGGCCGAUGCGUUAAAAAUUCGUUUUUUUCAUGCUGUGUGAUUCAUCCGCAGCGGAAUAAGAUUUUGUAUUUCGUAAAUCGAGCGUUCUUUUUGGGUAUUGUUCAUCGACUAAGCCCGAGUCAAUAACGAAUACGAGAAGCCGCGAGGAACGAAAGUUACGUUUUUUUUUCGGAUUCGCGAAACAGUGUCGAAGCAUCGCAGUUUCGUAGUGCGUGUGUGUACCCUGUGCGUGUGAGUGAGAAGACAAAUAAAAAUGGCUGCCAGCGACUCAACGACUGACGACAGUCUUUAUCCCAUCGCUGUUUUGAUCGACGAAUUGAAGAACGAGGAUGUACAGUUACGUUUGAAUUCAAUCAAAAAGUUAUCGACCAUUGCUCUGGCGCUUGGUCCGGAACGUACUCGUUCAGAGUUGAUGCCAUUUUUGACUGAGACUAUUUACGACGAAGAUGAAGUACUUUUAGCACUUGCUGAGCAGCUUGGAUCCUUCACACCCCUUGUCGGCGGACCUGAAUAUGUUCACUGUAUUUUGCCACCAUUGGAGGCCCUUGCAACCGUUGAGGAAACGGUCGUACGUGAAAAAGCGGUUGAAUCAUUGCGCAACAUUGCAAGCCAGCACAGUCCUGCAUAUCUCGAGGAUCAUUUCGUACCACUUGUGCAACGUUUAGCCACUGGUGAUUGGUUCACGAGCAGAACUUCUGGUUGCGGAUUAAUGAGCGCUUGUUAUCCUCGUGUUGGUCCUGCUUUCAAAGCUGAAUUGAGAAAGAACUUCCGUGGCCUCUGUCAGGAUGAUACACCGAUGGUGAGACGAGCAGCAGCUGCGAAACUCGGCGAAUUUGCCACAGUCGUUGAAAUCGAGUACUUGAAAUCCGAUCUCAUACCGAUGUUCGUCAUUCUCGCUCAGGACGAACAGGACUCAGUACGAUUAUUGGCAGUCGACGCUUGUGUCAGCAUUGCUCCCCUUUUGCAACAGGAAGACGUCGAACAAUUGGUUAUGCCCACUCUUCGUCAAUGCGCGUGCGAUCAAUCUUGGCGAGUCCGUUACAUGGUUGCUGACAAGUUUACCAGCCUUCAAAAAGCAGUCGGACCAGAAAUAACCAAAGCCGAUCUGGUGCCGGCAUUCCAAGCUCUUCUUAAAGAUACCGAGGCCGAAGUUCGAGCAGCAGCGGCCGACAAAGUUCGCGAUUUCUGUCAAAAUUUGGACCCUUCCAAUCAGGAAACCAUCAUCAUGACAAAUGUUUUGCCAUAUGUGAAAGAUCUGGUCGCCGACCCUAAUCAACAUGUCAAAUCCGCUCUCGCGAGCGUUAUCAUGGGUCUUAGUCCCAUUCUUGGAAAACACAAUACUAUCGAACAUCUGUUGCCUCUAUUUUUAUCACAACUCAAGGACGAAUGUCCGGAAGUUCGUCUCAAUAUAAUAAGCAACUUAGACUGCGUAAAUGAAGUUAUUGGAAUUCAACAACUUUCCCAAUCUUUGUUGCCGGCUAUCGUUGAAUUGGCUGAAGAUUCCAAAUGGCGCGUUCGAUUAGCCAUUAUCGAGUACAUGCCUCUCUUGGCCGGCCAACUAGGAGUCGAAUUUUUCGACGAACAACUGAAUUUUCUCUCGAUGAACUGGUUGGCCGAUCACGUAUACGCGAUACGGGAAGCUGCAACUCUAAAUCUUAAAAAAUUGGUCGAAAAAUUCGGACCAGAGUGGGCACAAACAACUAUUGUUCGUCGAGUUCUUGCUAUGGCAAGGGACUCGAACUAUCUUCACAGAAUGACGUGUCUUUUCUGUAUCAACGUUUUGGCUGAAGUAUGUGGACCAGAAAUAACAACGAAAGUAAUGCUUCCAACGGUGCUCGCUAUGGCGAACGACAACGUCGCGAACGUAAGAUUCAACGUUGCGAAAACGCUACAACGCAUCGGACCUUAUCUCGAGCCCAGCGCUGUACAAACUCAGGUCAAGCCUGUCCUCGAGAAACUCAAUACAGAUCCAGACGUUGAUGUCAAAUAUUUUGCAUCAGAGGCCAUUGCUGGAAUCGCAGCGUAGGUUGAGCGAAUUUCCACUGGAGUGCAUUUAUCAGAGAUCGGAAAUUGCGCAAGAUUGGAAGACGCGUUUUGCCGCUAAGCCACAAUUUCAAAACCUCGAAAACGGCGAUUUGAAAAAAAAGAACAAAAAAAUGCACACCCGCAGAACGAUUUAACCAAAAAAAGAAGCGAUUUUUUUUAUUAGAUCUUUCGUAAUAAUCUAGCGGGAUUUUAAAGGUUGAAACCGUAUUUAAAGAAACAGCUACAACAACAAAAAUCUAAAGUUCCGCUGUUUUUUGUAUAAUUAUAAUAUUUACUGAGUAUCGAAAUAUUCGAUUUAAUUAAGAAAAACAAAAAAGAACAAGAAACACCCAUGUAUCUCUCGUACAUACUUAAGUAAUUGUUUAAAAGCAUAAGAAUUAAUAAAAACAACGGAAUGACUCGGUAUCAUUCCACUUUUUUCGCAUUUCCCCCCCUCUUCGUUGCCCCCUACGCCCUUGACUUCGAUAACGAUCGAGGGUAUUAAAAUUUGAAAAUGUACGUUUAAAACCAGUCACACAUUUAUUUUACCCCUAGAAUAAAUUAAUACAAAUGUA